UUGGAAGCCUUCUGUAGUGAAACCUCAGGAGGCUAAAUUAUUUUUGUCACAUAAUUUUUCAGCAACAACAUUCUGGUCAGAAGAUGGCUGCUCUUGACACCCUCUUUAAAUACAUUGAUGAACACCAAGACCUUUAUGUUAAGCGGCUGGCUGAGUGGGUAGCAAUCCAGAGUGUGUCAGCAUGGCCAGAGAAGAGGGCUGAAAUCAGGCGCAUGAUGGAAGUUGCUGCAAAGGAUAUUGAGCGACUUGGAGGCACAGCUCAACUUAUGGAUAUUGGGACACAAAAGCUGCCUGAUGGAUCAGAGAUCCCUCUACCUCCAAUUAUUCUGGGAAAGCUUGGCUCAGAUCCACACAAAAAGACUGUGUGUGUGUAUGGCCACCUAGAUGUUCAGCCAGCAGCACUGGAGGAUGGCUGGGACAGUGAGCCCUUCACUCUGGUAGAAAGAGAUGGAAAGCUGUAUGGGAGAGGAUCAACAGAUGACAAAGGUCCAGUGCUUGCCUGGCUGAAUGCCUUGGAGGCUUAUCAAAAAACUAAUCAGGAAUUUCCAGUAAAUAUUAAGUUCUGCCUAGAGGGUAUGGAGGAAUCAGGAUCAGAAGGCCUUGAUGAACUGAUUUUUGCUCAGCGUAAUGCUUUCUUCAAAGAUGUGGAUUAUAUUUGCAUUUCUGACAACUAUUGGCUAGGCAAGAAUAAACCUUGUAUCACCUAUGGCUUGAGGGGUAUUUGCUACUACUUCAUAGAGGUAGAAUGCAGUGACAAAGACCUUCACUCUGGAGUUUAUGGUGGUUCAAUACAUGAGGCCAUGACGGAUCUCAUUGCUUUAAUGGGUUCUCUCAUAGACAAGAAAGGGAAAAUCCUCAUUCCAGGCAUUAAUGAAGCAGUGGCAUCUGUUACUGGUGAGGAGCUGGCCAUUUAUGAGAAGAUUGAUUUUGACCUAGAAGAAUAUGCAAAAGAUGUAGGAGCAACAAAACUAUUGCAUGAUACAAAGAGAGAUAUCCUUAUGCAUAGAUGGAGAUAUCCUUCCUUGUCUCUCCAUGGAAUUGAAGGAGCCUUCUCAGCCUCUGGAGCCAAGACUGUGAUUCCUAGGAAAGUGAUUGGCAAGUUCUCAAUCAGACUUGUGCCAAACAUGACUCCUGAAGAGGUCACCAAGCAUGUUAAAGAUUACCUGAGCAAACAGUUUGCAGAACUGCAGAGCCCUAACAAAUUCAAGGUAUACUUAGGCCAUGGUGGAAAACCCUGGGUGUCAGACUUCGACCAUCCACACUACAUGGCUGGCAGAAGGGCCAUGAAAACAGUUUUUGGAGUUGAACCAGACCUGACAAGGGAGGGAGGAAGCAUUCCUGUUACCCUCACUUUCCAAGAAGCAACAGGCAAGAAUGUCAUGCUGCUUCCUGUUGGAGCUGCGGACGAUGGUGCCCACUCUCAAAAUGAGAAACUGAAUAGGUACAACUACAUUCAGGGAGUGAAGAUGCUUGGUGCAUACCUCUAUGAAGUUUCACAGCUGAAGAACUAAGACACCUUACCUUCUGGCUUGUGAUUCAGAAGUCUGACUUUUCUUAGGAAACAGCAUCUAUUAAUUCUUAUGUGGCUCCCCUUUUCCACCAACACUCCACUACUUUGGAGAAGAGGGAAGCAUGCAAUUCUACUUAAGAAACAAACAUUGUAAACCAAAAAUCUUCAAAUGCUUCAAAUGACAGACUAUUUCCUAUCUGUCCAGUAGUCCUGAAAGGUAUCUUUCUUCUCUGUAUCACUUCAAUGUCUUGCUAUACUCAUCUACUUUUCCUGUAAUGCAGCAGGAACUGGGUGCUCUCAACUGUUUCAGCAGCCACAUUAGCUGCAGAACUGUUGGCCAGGUUUAAGGUACUUUUUCCAAGACUUUGAAGAUAUAUGUUCUGGAAGUAGUCACAGUGACAGAUUAGGGGCUAUACUGGAGUGUGCUCAAUCUGUAGCAUGGCAUCUGUCUUCCUAAAGGAUCUGGAAGAAUAGUUUGUCUUACGGUUUAUACCUGCCUGCAGGUUUCAAUUCACUGUGAUAAUGACUACUGGUCAUCUUUGUAAAGCUGCCUUUGUACUCCCUAAAAGGACAAUAAAUAAUAAUGCUCUAG